AUACUCUUACACACACACACAGUGCUGCACUGUGAUGAACGCGGCUCGAGCCGUUUGGACUUCAUCUAUAAACCCAACCAGUAAUCAGCGCGCGCGGCUCUCAGGACAAUGAUGCCCCCUUCACCACCCUGCUGACCACGUCCAGGACAUCUCUGGGGCAUAUCUGGAUCUGAAGAGCUCAACCAAAAUGAAUACCUCUGAGGCCACCGUAGUCCCUUUGUGGACCUUCAUGGUUAACUCGAGCCUACUUUCUUACAUCCCCAAUGUUACCCAAGCUCCAUCCCAGACCAAAUCCAAAGCCUGCGAGCAACUGAACAUCGCCACAGAGGUUUUCCUCAUCCUGGGCAUCAUCAGUCUGCUGGAGAACAUCCUGGUCAUCUGCGCCAUCGUCAAGAACAAGAACCUGCACUCGCCCAUGUACUUUUUUGUCUGUAGUCUUGCUGUGGCAGACAUGCUCGUUAGCGUCUCUAACGCUUGGGAGACCAUCAUCAUUUAUCUGCUCAACAACCAACAGCUGGUGGUGGAAGAUCACUUUAUUCGGCAGAUGGACAACGUCUUUGACUCCAUGAUCUGCAUCUCAGUGGUGGCCUCCAUGUGCAGCCUUCUGGCCAUCGCAGUGGAUCGCUAUGUCACCAUUUUUUACGCACUGCGCUACCACAACAUAAUGACAGUCCGGCGGGCGGCGCUCAUCAUCGCUGGAAUCUGGACCUUCUGCACCGGCUGCGGCAUCGUCUUCAUCAUCUACUCAGACAGCACGCCUGUCAUCGUGUGCUUGGUGUCCAUGUUUUUCAUCAUGCUCGCCCUCAUGGCCUCGCUGUACAGCCACAUGUUCAUGCUGGCCCGUUCCCACGUCAAACGCAUCGCAGCGCUGCCAGGCUACAACUCCAUUCACCAGCGGGCCAGCAUGAAGGCGGCCAUCACCCUCACCAUCCUGCUGGGCAUCUUCAUCGUGUGCUGGGCGCCUUUCUUCCUCCACCUCAUCCUCAUGAUCUCCUGCCCCAGAAACCUUUACUGCAUGUGUUUCAUGUCGCACUUCAACAUGUACCUCAUCCUGAUCAUGUGCAACUCUGUCAUUGACCCGCUCAUCUAUGCCUUCAGGAGUCAGGAGAUGCGGAAGACCCUCAAAGAGAUCAUCUGCUGCUACAGCCUGAGGAAUGUCUUUAGAAUGUCCAAGUAAAAUCCAGCGCACAUAGACUUUGAUUGUCCUCCAAAAAAAGAAAAACUAGCCUAUCAUUCUCAAACAAAUGCUAAAAAAGCUAAGCAUUAGCAAAGAGUUAGUGAACUGUUUUGGAGUGCAAUUCUUUGAGGUAUCUAUAGUAUAUUCUUUUUUUUUGUUUUUCAUUUACACUGGUUUAUUUGCUUCAUUUUUAAAAUGUUCUACAGCUACAGCCAAUGUUAGAACUGGAGCAUGGUGGCUUGUGUUGAGAAAUCAGGAUGGAGAAUGGAGUUUGACUGAAAAUGCAAGUGUUUAAGGGAGGAUAGUGGUGUUUGGUCGGAGAAUGCAAGUGUUUAACCCUUGUGUGGUGUUCGGAUCUGUGGAACCCGUUUUAAUUUUUAAUCAAAUGAUACCAAAAAAAAUAUUUUUUCUAACUCAAACUCAUUGGCAUUGGCUCAUUUUUUGUGGAAAACAUAUAUCAAAACACAUUUUCGAUAAACACACACUGUACACCCCCCCCCCCC